UUAUUCAACCCAAAUAAAACUGUGGUGAAGAUGUUUUUAGUGACCUACGACUUCAGCGAUAUGCCACCAAACCACAUCACACUUUUGCGCCACAGAAUAUUUCUAGUACCAGUGGAAGAAAAUGAAGGGACACAUGAAAAUAUGGAAAAUUCAGAAGUUAAGAAAAAAAUACUAUGUUAUCUGAUUCAUUUGAGGUUUCAAAGUUCAAAGUCUGGAAAAAUCUACUUGCACAGUGAUAUAAGGCUGCUGUUUUCACGAAAAUCAAGUGAAGUGGAUUCUGAAUUUUCAUCCUUCAAUCAAGAAACAGAAUUAGAUAUUUAAUAGAUGUCUUGCCAAAAAUUCAGUUUGAUGCAUAAACUGAUUUUUAACUUGUUCUAAGUACAGUCUACCCAUAAAGAGAUUGAAUAACCUUUCUGUUGUGUAAGGAGAAAGAGGAUGUUAAAAAAAAAAAUGAGGGUUUUGGCAGCAGUUUAGAAAAAUAUUUAAUUUUCGAGUGAGUUCUCCAUUUUAAGUUAUUUCUUUGCCUUAGUUUACUCAUUGAUACCACCUGCUUCCUCUGUUUGGGAGGGUUGAUGGAAAUCUGCUUCCCAGGUCUUUGCUGCUACUGUUCUACUAGCAAAUGCAUUGGGCAAAAAGGAUAUUUUGAUUAGUUUGGUUUCUGUAUUAUUAUAAAACCAUGUGGGAAUAUCUGACCCCUGCUGCCAGCCCCCUCGCCCUAUCCCUGGAUGUUCCAACCACAAACAUAGGGUCCCGUUAUUUGGUGCACAGAAUUUGUAUACAAAUGCACUGUAGCACUUUGAUGGUAUAUUUAAUUAUCUCACAUUUGCUGAAGCAUUUUGGAAAGGUGGGGUAUUCUUCGGCCAGUGUGCAUCCAAGUAGCCUCCAAACUGGAAUGAAUUAUACCUUUUGCAGAGGGUGUCUUUAGGUUAAAGUGUUGGUUAAAAUGUUUCCUCAUGUUAGAAAUUUUUUCAUUAUGCGCUGUGUGGUACUAAGUUUGGAAGGUACACUUCAGAAAUCUACAUCUGUUUUUGUUUUUAUUAUAGUUAUCAUUGUCCUAGCUCCUAAACCUACAAAUCAUAUUGUUGAAACAGUUGUAGAAACAUGAAGCUAAGUGAGGUAGAUGGUAUUUUUGAUGGAAUAAACUGUUCCUGUAAAUAUUUUGGUUUUGAAUGUUCUUUGAAACUUGUGCAAAAAUAAAAUAUUGAAUUUGAGUCUCUGCAUAUGUACAGACAGGAUUUUUCCCAGUGGUUAACCCUGAAAGCUACUGAUCCACUCAAACCAAAACAUUUCUAGAUUUGAUCUCUGGCCAGUAGUAGUUGAUUUCACCUGGAUAGCAGUAAAAAAUGCUACAUUUUCAUUAGAAGCCUUGAAGUGCAGAAAUGUAAAGAAGUAUUACUUUUGAUUAAAAUUCAAUAGCUAUUGUUGCAUAUUGAGAGAUGGAGGUUUUGCUGUAAUUUCUCUUGCACUUAAAUCCUGCGACAGCUAUCUUUGGUGUUGGAAUAGAUGGCUAGGUACGCACUGGCAACUGAAACCCAUGAAACCGUAUCACAUUGUGGGAAAGUAAACUUCAACAAUUGAGUAGCACAGAAUUGGGUCUGUGUGUUUUAUCUGACAUGAUCUGCUUGACCAUCAUCCAUUUUGACAAAGAUUUUUACACAUAAAAAAUUAAUACAGUGGGGAAGACACAAAGAUAAUACCAAAUCCUUCCUGGUCCAAGAGAAUUAAUUACAGGGCCCCAGUUCAUGGACGAAGAAAUAAAGCUAGCUGGAGAGGCAAAGACAAGGAAUGUAAAGUGAAGGAUUAAAGAUAAACCAGGUAACUAAGGUAGAUGUGGGGAGUUGAAGACAAAUUUACUUAGUUUCCACAUUCUCUUCCUCGUAAGAGGCAAAACCUUGAGGGCAACAAAAUCAUUGUUGCUAUGAUAGGGGAAAUAGCUAAAGGCUUAAUUAGGAAACAUAACAGGCAGGACAGAACUUCAAACAGAAAAUUUCAGGAGCUUCAUCUAACAGCUUCUUGUUGUAGAAUUUUGUUUUAUUCACAUACUGUAACAGUCAUGCUAUCCUUCAUAAUAAGUUGUCCCCUGCCUCAACUGAAAUUGAACUCUAUUUUGAAGGCUGACCACCUUUCUCUAUCAUCUGGUGGAAAUUUAUGCAGGCUUUUGUAAAGUUAAAUCUUCAGUUGGGUGCCAGUAGGAAGCAUCUGGCCUCUGGCUUACUUUUCCUUGGCAAUUCAUCUGUGAAAAAAAUGCCAUAUGAAAAAGAACAGUGCCUAUAUUAAUAAAGGUAUCACAAAUAUCAUUCUUGCACAACACUGUAUCUGCACUGCACAUUGUAUUUGUGCCUUCAAUUCUCAUAUGCCAAGUUAUACAUCUGGCUUGUGAGAGAACUCCUCUGUAUGUGAUUGUGAAUGAUCUUACAGUAUGCCACAAAUGCUGUAUUUUAAAGAAAAGUAUUUUUCAUUUGUUUAAAAUAAUGUUAUGCUGUGCAGAUUUAUAUUUGUAAUAUAAUUAUGUAGAUUUUAAGUUUAAUGUGUUAACAGGAGUGCCACAACGUUAAUAAAAAGUACAUUCAACCCAAGAUACAGGGUUAUCAACAAAAA